AUGGUAUUCUUUGAUUUCAUGCUGCAGGUGGUUGAGGCUGCCCGUCACUGCUACAGUCGCAGAGUUUUCCAUCGUGACAUCAAGGCAGAAAACCUUCUUUUCAACACCGACACCAUGGAUGUCAAACUAAUUGACUUUGGCUGCGGCGAUUUGUGGCAGGACACACCCUACGAGGAAUAUGCAGGAACUCCACAAUUCUGGCCUCCAGAAUGGAUUCAACAGGAUGCGUAUUAUGCCGACUCUGCGACAGUCUGGGGUCUUGGCAUACUCCUCUUUAGUCUUGUAUGUGGAGAAAUGCCCUUCCAAAAUGAAGAGGAAAUUGUUGAUGGGAGCCUCCAUUUCAAGCCUACCUUGUCUCAAGCCUGUCACCAUCUGAUAAAGUGGUGCUUGGAACAGGACCCUACCAAACGGCCAAGCCUCACACAGAUCAGCGAACACGAGUGGUUCACAGACGUCUUUCAAGACCAGGAACUCCACAUUUCUGGCCUCCAGAAUGGAUUCAACAGGAUGCGUAUUAUGCCGACUCUGCGACAAUCUGGGGUCUUGGCAUACUCCUCUAUAGUCUUUUAUGUGGAGAAAUGCCCUUCCAAAAUGAAGAGGAAAUUGUUGAUGGGAGCCUCCAAGCCUAGCUUGUCUCAAGCCUGUCACCAUGUGAUAAAGUGGUGCUUGGAACAGGACCCUACCAAACGGCCAAGCCUCACACAGAUCAGCGAACACGAGUGGUUCACAGACGUCCUUCAAGACCAGGUUCUAGACUAG